GUCUCCGCCGCCGCCCCGAGUGGCCGCGUCGCGGGCCGGCGGGAACCUCGCGGAGGAGCGAGCGGAGGCGUCGCGGGCCCCGGCCGUCGCCGCACGUCCUCAGGGUCCGCGCCCGGGCUGGGGGGCUACAGGUUAUGGGUGGUGCUCCGUGUAUUUUCUGAGAGGUGUUGCAAGGAAGCCUGAAGGGGGAUGGCAGGACGGCCUCAUCCUUACGACAGUAACUCCAGCGACCCAGAGAACUGGGACCGGAAAUUGCACAGUAGACCUCGGAAACUCUAUAAGCAUACAAGGUUAUUCAGCAGUCAUAUAAUUUUCAAAUGGAAAAUUUCCAGUACGCCCUCGCGUGUUGGUAAAGGAGUUGGCGACCACACCAAAAUGAGUCUUCACGGUGCUUGUGGAGGACACGAGAGGUCCAGGGACAGACGGAGGUCAAGGGACAGAUCGCCAGACUCAUCUCACGAAAGGACAGAAUCUCAGCUCACCCCCUGUAUUAGAAACGUGACUUCUCCAACACGUCAGCACCACGCUGAACGGGAAAAAGAGCACAGUUCCUCUCGUCCAAGCAGCCCUCGUCCUCAGAAAACAUCUUCAAAUGGUUCCAGUAACAGUGCUGGGAACAGUAGCAGAAACAGUAGUCAGUCAAGUUCAGACGGUAGUUGUAAGACUUCUGGGGAGAUGGUGUUUGUGUAUGAAAAUGCAAAGGAAGGUGCUCGGAGUGUAAGGACGUCAGAGCGAGUGACUCUCAUAGUGGAUGACACCAGAUUUGUUGUGGACCCGUCCAUUUUUACUGCACAGCCAAACACAAUGUUGGGCAGAAUGUUUGGAUCUGGUAGAGAACAUAAUUUCACACGUCCCAACGAAAAAGGGGAGUAUGAGGUGGCAGAGGGGAUCGGUUCCACUGUGUUCCGUGCGGUUCUGGAUUACUAUAAAACAGGGAUCAUCCGUUGUCCUGAUGGCAUAUCUAUUCCUGAGCUGAGAGAAGCCUGUGACUACCUUUGUAUCUCUUUUGAAUAUAGUACCAUUAGAUGUAGAGACCUCAGUGCCCUGAUGCAUGAGUUAUCGAACGAUGGCGCUCGUAGACAGUUUGACUUUUACCUGGAAGAAAUGAUCCUGCCUCUCAUGGUCGCCAGUGCCCAGAGUGGGGAGCGGGAGUGCCACAUAGUGGUGCUGACGGAUGACGAUGUGGUUGACUGGGAUGAGGAGUACCCCCCGCAGAUGGGAGAGGAGUACUCACAGAUUAUUUAUAGCACAAAAUUGUAUAGGUUUUUCAAGUACAUUGAAAACAGAGAUGUGGCCAAAUCGGUUUUGAAGGAGAGGGGUCUUAAGAAGAUCAGAUUGGGAAUAGAAGGCUACCCUACCUACAAAGAAAAAGUCAAGAAGAGGCCCGGUGGCCGCCCCGAAGUCAUCUACAACUAUGUCCAGAGACCUUUCAUUCGAAUGUCCUGGGAGAAGGAGGAAGGCAAAAGCCGGCACGUGGACUUCCAGUGCGUGAAGAGCAAGUCCACCACCAACCUGGCCGCGGCUGCCGCAGACAUCCCCCAGGACCAGCUGGUGGCCAUGCACCCCACCCCGCAGGUGGACGAGCUGGACAGCCUCCCCGCCCUCCCGCCGCCCGGCAGCAGCGACCUCGACCCCGACGCACAGAACCCGGCGCUGUGAGCCGCCCGAGCCGGCCCCGAGCCCAGCCCGCCGCACACUCCCCGCCACGCGGCCCCGCGGCCCAUGACACGCACGCACGCACAUAAGGACGACGCCUAGGAUGCCGCAGCGCAGCGCAGCGCGGGCUUUUACAGAAAGACCAAAGGUGGCCCAGUGGUUUUCUUACACGGGCAGCACCUUAGCAUCCUGAGGUCCCGGUUCUAUAAACGUGUUUGUUCACCGGUAGGUUUGUGAACUCCGUUCUUUGUAUGGGGGACAGUUCUAGUUCUUCACACACCUAGAUCUUGCCAGAGGCAGUGGAGAUCGGCAGCUGGGGUCAGGUCGGUCAGACUGACUUGCCUUCCACCCGGGAUAAACUACAGAUGACUAGCUGGAUGCACUUUAUCAAACGGUGGGUCAGUGGAACUGUUGAAGCCAUUUUUCUAGUUGCAAUGCACAAUAGAACUCAAGUAAGCGCUUCUAUCAAAGUACUUCUUCAGCUUAAAAAAGGGGUGUUGUUUGCAGCCCACGAGAGCAGAGAGUGAGUGCUUGCCCUCGGGGUAUCCCAAACUGCACUGAGGGCCCGGGCCCACCUCGUUCCAGUUUCCUCUAGUACUGUCUUCACCCUUUUUGAGUGAGUCACACGCAGGGCGUUUGAACACGAGAGGUGGUGUAUUAUCCAGUCUGCCUUACCCUUCAACUGUUCACAGAUAUUUAUUUACUGAGACUUUUUUUCUCAAGAGUUACGGGCGAGGCAAAUGAAGUGUUUGCUCUUCAUUUACUAAAUGAUUGUAAACUCGAAUUUUCCAUCCAAAUAAAAUUGCAUUGUUCUAA